AUGGAUGAUCAAAAUCAAGGACAUAAAUCCCACAAGACUUCAAGCUUAAAUAGCAUCCUCAUUCUUAUUGUAGUUCUUUCUCUUUUCUCUUUAUCUCUCGCUGGCUAUUAUCUCAACAGAACUAAUAAUUUCAUCUUAACAACAGAUUUCGAUAUAGACAAAUUUAAAGCAUUUAUAAUAAAAUACGACAAGUCAUAUAAAACAACUGAUGAUUAUAUUGCUCGAUUUAAAAUAUUUAAAGAAAACCUACUUAAAAUACAAAAUCAUAAUGAUAUGAAGAAGUCUUGGAGCUUUGGAAUCACUAAAUUUGCAGAUCUUACACAAGAAGAGUUUAUCAACAAUCAUAUUCCUGCGAAUUAUAUAGUAGCCACACAAAGUUACGUUGCAAAAUUUGAAGGAAAAACAGAAAUAAAGUCAAUUGAUUGGGAAAAAAAUGGCGCUGUAACAUCAAUAGUAAAAGACCAAGAGGGAUGCAUAGGCUCAUGGGCUAUUUCUGUAGCCGAAGCUACCAGUGCUUAUUAUUUUAUAAAUCAUGGUAGCUUAAUUGAGGCAUCUUCUCAAGAACUAAUUGACUGCUCUGGUGAUUAUAAUAAUAAUGGUUGUUCAGGCGGAUAUGCAGUCAAUGCGUUUAAAUAUGUCAAAGAAAAUGGCUUAUCUUCUGCAGAAAAUUAUCCAUUUGUUGGAAUCGACCAAGAAUGCAAGGCAAAUGAACAGAAGCUAAUUAUGGCAAAUGCGAUUUACCAAAAUAGCGUUCAAUCAAAUAACGUUUCUGAGCUUAUUCAAGCUGUUUCUCAGCAGCCUGUCUUAGCACUAGUAGACAGCAAAUCGUGACAAUUUUAUAAGAGUGGGAUAAUUACUGAUGAUUGCGGAGCGAAUCUCAAUCAUGUAGUUAUCAUCACAGGAUUUGACACAACACAAGAGAAGCCAUAUUGAAUUAUCAAAAAUUCAUGAGGCUAUGAUUGAGGAGAGAACGGCUUUGGAAAAAUUGGAAUAUCUGAGGGAAGUGGAAUUUGUGGAAUUAAUAUGGAUCCUUCUUUUCCUGUUAUGCUAUAA